GACUCACUGUGUAUGUGUCAAUGGCUGUUGUAGUGCAUGGGUUGGAAAUUCUUCACACCCUCAGAAGUGUAAGACACACCCUCCCACAGACAGUCAGCAACCGUCCCCUGACUCAGGGACAUCAGGAGCCGGAGUUUUCUCCAUACUCUACUCCCUUUCUAAUAGGAAGAGAAAAGCCAAAAAAGAAAGAGUGUGAAAAGUCACCCAAGAAGGAAAGGCCUCUGUCCCUGUCCUCCCUUCUUUGUCUCUCUGUUUCUCUCUCAUCUCAUUUGACCCUGAUCCUGCCUCUAUCUGGAGAGCUCUGGGAGGUAGAGGUGGCCAGGGUGAGGGGAAGCUCUGAGCAGGCUCCCACCCACCCUCAGACAGCAUCCGGAGGUGCCUGAGCCAAGGGGCCGUGCUCCAACAACAUCGUGUGAAGUUGGAGACAAAACCCAAGAAGUUUGAGGACCGAGUGCUGGCCCUGACCUCCUGGCGCCUCCACCUCUUCCCCCUUAAAGUCCCAGCCAAGGUGGAGAGCUCCUUCAAUGUCCUGGAGAUCCGUGCCUUCAACACGCUCAGUCAGAACCAGAUCCUGGUGGAGACGGAGCGUGGCAUGGUGAGCAUGCGGCUGCCAUCAGCUGAAAGUGUGGACCAGGUGACACGACAUGUGAGCUCUGCCCUGUCCAAGGUCUGCCCUGGCCCUGGGUGUUUGAUCCGGCGUGGAAACGCAGACACUCCAGAGGGGCCCCGAGACACAUCCCCCAACUCUGAGACUUCCACAUCUACCACCCACAGUGUCUGCGGUGGCUUCUCUGAGACCUACGCUGCUCUGUGUGACUACAAUGGGUUACACUGCCGUGAGGAGGUUCAAUGGGAUGUGGACACCAUCUACCAUGCUGAAGAUAACCGGGAGUUCAAUCUCUUGGAUUUCAGCCACUUGGAGAGCCGAGACUUGGCCCUAAUGGUAGCAGCCCUGGCCUACAACCAGUGGUUCACCAAACUCUACUGCAAGGACUUGCGACUGGGCUCUGAAGUGCUAGAACAGGUGCUACAUACCCUGAGCAAGUCGGGGAGCCUCGAAGAGCUGGUGCUGGACAACGCCGGGCUUAAGACGGAUUUUGUCCAGAAGCUGGCCGGGGUGUUUGGGGAGAACGGGAGCUGUGUGCUGCAUGCCCUCACUCUGUCCCACAACCCCAUCGAGGACAAGGGCUUCUUCAGUCUGAGCCAGCAGCUCCUCUGCUUCCCCACUGGCCUCACCAAACUGUGCCUGGCCAAGACUGCAAUUUCCCCUCGAGGGCUCCAGGCACUCGGCCAGACCUUCGGGGCCAACCCAGCAUUUGCCAGCUCCCUUCGAUACCUGGACCUGAGCAAGAACCCUGGGCUCCUCGCCACGGACGAGGCCAAUGUCCUCUACAGUUUCCUGGCCCAACCCAAUGCUCUGGUGCACCUGGACCUGUCAGGAACUGACUGCGUCAUUGACUUGCUUCUCGGUGCCCUACUCCACGGCUGCUGCUCCCACCUCACCUACCUCAACCUGGCUCGCAACAGCUGCUCCCACAGGAAGGGUCGAGAGGCCCCGCCGGCCUUCAAGCAGUUCUUCAGCAGCGCCUACACACUGAGCCAUGUCAACCUGUCAGCCACAAAGCUGCCCCUGGAGGCCCUCAGGGCGCUGCUUCAGGGCCUCUCCCUCAACAGUCACCUCAGUGACCUGCACCUGGAUCUCAGCAGCUGUGAGCUCCGCUCAGCGGGAGCCCAAGCCUUGCAGGAACAGCUGGGAGCUGUCACCUGUGUAGGCAGCCUGGAUCUGUCAGACAAUGGGUUCGACUCAGACCUCCUGACACUAGUGCCGGCACUUGGCAAGAACAAGUCCCUCAAGCACCUGUUUUUGGGCAAGAACUUCAAUGUCAAGGCCAAGACCCUGGAGGAGAUCCUCCACAAGCUGGUGCAGCUAAUCCAGGAAGAGGACUGUUCCCUGCAGUCACUGUCGGUGGCAGACUCCCGGCUGAAGCUUCGCACCAGCAUCCUCAUCAAUGCCCUGGGCAGCAACACCUGCCUGGCCAAGGUGGAUCUGAGCGGCAAUGGCAUGGAGGACAUCGGGGCCAAGAUGCUGUCUAAGGCCUUGCAGAUAAACUCCUCCCUCAGAACUAUCCUAUGGGACCGGAACAAUACAUCUGCCCUGGGCUUCCUGGACAUCGCAAGGGCCCUGGAGAGCAACCACACGCUGCGCUUCAUGUCCUUCCCCGUGAGCGACAUCUCCCAAGCCUAUCGCAGUGCCCCUGAGCGCACCGAGGACGUCUGGCAGAAGAUCCAAUGGUGCUUAGUGAGGAACAACCACUCCCAGACGUGCCCCCAGGAGCAGGCCUUCAGGUUGCAGCAGGGCCUGGUGACCAGCAGCGCCGAGCAAAUGCUGCAGCGGCUGUGUGGACGAGUGCAGGAGGAGGUGCGGGCCCUGAGACUCUGCCCCCUGGAGCCCGUGCAGGAUGAGCUACUCUACGCUCGGGACCUCAUCAAAGAUGCCAAGAACUCCCGGGCGGUGAGCCCUCCACAGGCUACCCUUCCCCUGAAGUCUGGAGAACCCAAGAAGGCCGACCAUGCUAAGCCAUGCCAGCCCUGCCCUAUGCAUCUGCCUUCCUAGCCCAGGGACCCCGGAGAUCUAGCAAGUCGUAGUUCUGGCCUG